CAGCCAGGUACAAGUAAUAGUUAAAUAGUUAGCAGCCUUGGCUCUAGUGAUAAGCACAGUGCUGUUUGUAUCAUCGUGUAGUUGUGUUUUAAGUAAUUCCCCAGUGUUUAGAACUCUACCCAUGUGACGUCAUCUCCCAGCGCCAGAAAGUCCCCCUCCCAUGCUGGUUUUAUGAUGAUGGGUGAUCUCCUGGAGACUGUGUGCCUGCGGGAUCCUGGCUGUGUCCUGCCCCAGGGAUUCUGGGCAGCUGUCACUGUCUGGCUGGAGAAACCACAUGUGCUUAAUAAGCGAUUAUGCGGAUCCACCACCCAGUGGAGGUGGGAAGUGAGCCCUGCAGUGCCUGCAGAGAGUCAGACUGGACCAGGUGAAGAGGAAGAGCCAGAGGGGCUGGGUGGAGUGCUUGGUGCACUCUCUGGCAUCUGUAGCCCUGGGCAAGAUGGGGGUAUGCUGGAGAGGAUCAGAGGAUAUGGAGAGAGGGGAGCAGCCAGUGGCACCACCAUCACCCUAAGGACACUAAUCCCAAAGGCUAACCCUCACUAUCCAUCUGUUCACCCCAGGAGAGAAGCUGUGAUCCAAGGUACCCACUGGCUUGGACCUUCAGGGAUAUCCACCAAAGUGUGACUUGUUUGGGAUGUGAAAGUGAAUUCAAAGGGUUUUAUUGCAACUUGUAGCAAACCGAAAAUUGGUUUGCAAAAUUUUAGUCAAAAAAAAAAGUGGAAUACUCCAAAGCAGUCACAGAGUCAAUAUUGUAGGGUAAAAGUGUAUUUUAGCGUAUUUUGUUAUUUGCCGUUUCGUUCAGGUGUAAUUUAAGCAAAUAAAGCGAACUCCUAUAGUAUUUCUCUUACCUAGAAUGUGGGGUUAAAAGUAUUUUAGAGUAUUAUAUUAUUUGGAGUUGGAAAUUUUGCCUUUUGUGCCACUUAAUCACACCUGUAAUCAUGGUGUUUGGAUGCUGGAAUCUCUUCUUUUCUGAUGAUACGAUAAGUAUAGAAGAUAGUGUCAGGAAGCAGCGCCUGUAGCGGUAUUUCCACGCUCAAACCGACAUGGAGAAGGAAAGGAAAAAGAUGCAAAUAUAGUGCAGUAUGUUAGACCUCUGGUGUUUGGUAAAUAAAAGAAAAAAUGCACUUACAAUUUUCUGGAGCUUAUACUCCGCUCCAGAUGUAUACGCCUGGACGGUGCAAUCCCUAUCUGUGGAUGUAUUGUUGGUCCUUGAGCGUUCUCAGGAGUAUCUUUAGAGAUGGUAAGGCUGUUCUUUUCUUUAGUGACAGUGGUCCAGCAUUUAAGAGUUAUCAAUUUGCAGGAAAAAGAUAAAAACACAAAAUAGUGCUCUCUUUAUGGUACAGGAUAAAACAAAUAUAAAAGAAGGUAUACUCACAAGUGUGGAGCAAAUGGAAUAUUGCUCAAUAUUAAUAGGCGUGGGUGGUAUGUCAUUUUUUUUUUCUUUUAUUUACCAAUGCCAGUGGCCUAACAUACUGCACUAUAUUUGCGCCUUUUUCAUUUCCUCCUCCAUGUUGGUUUAAAGGACCACUAUAGUGCCAGGAAAACAUACUCGUUUUCCUGGCACUAUAGUGCCCUGAGGGUGCCCCCACCCUCAGGGACCCCCUCCCGCCCGGCUCUGGAAGGGGGAAAGGGGUAAAAACUUACCUUUUUCCAGCGCUGGGCGGAGAGCUCUCCUCCUCCUCUCCCCUCCCCUGGGCUGAAUGCGCACGCGGCAAGAGCUGCCGCGAUUCAGCCGUCGCAUAGGAAAGCAUUUACAAUGCUUUCCUAUGGACGCUUGCGUGCUCUCACUGUGAAAAUCACAGUGAGAAGCACGCAAGCGCCUCUAGUGGCUGUCAAUGAGACAGCCACUAGAGGAUUAGGGGGAAGGCUUAACCCAUUAAUAAACAUAGCAGUUUCUCUGAAACUGCUAUGUUUAUAAAAAAAAUGGGUUAACCCUAGAAGGACCUGGCACCCAGACCACUUCAUUAAGCUGAAGUGGUCUGGGUGCCUAGAGUGGUCCUUUAAGCGUGGGAAUACUGCUACAGGCACUGCUUCCUGACCCUAUCUUCUAUACUAAGUGUUGUAUAUUUAGAGGCUUUACAGUAAAGAGAGAAUAACAGAUUUUGCAGAACUACAACUAUAUUGAUGCUUUGUCAGCUUCCUGCUUUAACCCCUUAAGGACACAUGACAUGUGUGACAUGUCAUGAUUCCCUUUUAUUCCAGAAGUUUGGUCCUUAAGGGGUUAAAGGGGAGAAAUGCAACAGAAAUGGCCUAAUUUUAUGUAUUAUAAAACGAAUGCAUAACAAAUGCAAAAAAAAACAAAAACAAAAUGAAUUUAAACUAUUUAUCUUUUAGAGUUUCCUUUGAUAUUCUGUUUAGUAUAAAUGUUCAUUUGUUGCACAUCUCCUUAAACUAAUGGAUUUGUAUAACAAACCAAUUUGUCCGGCCCCUUUCGGUUAGUUUUUUUUUUUUUGUCGAGCUCUCAUCAGAGCUAUGGUCUGCAUAUAUUAUUAUAUAUGCAGUGCAUAGCUUAUCUUCCCCCUAGCAGGUGAGAGCCCAAGUUGUGGCAAAACUUAGACAAAAAUAGUACAGAUAGCCUGUGUCUCUCAACCUUGGCUGCCUUAUUGACAGGUCUGAGGGUCAGGCUGAGAGUUUCUAGCAUUUACUUGUAAGCCACUCUUAGAGCUGAGAUUUGGUUGUUGUGGACUAAAUCUCCCUGAUCUUUUGCAUUAUGGCUGUGAGAGCAUUAGGGUAGCUGCUGAAGAUUGCAUACCCCUACAUAUAACUUUCAUUAACUCUGCAGGUGAUUUGGUAACAAUGUGACGGUAAUACACUGAACGCAGAGUUGAGCGCACUCUGUACAAUAAUCUGAAGGCUCAAAGUUACUUUUCAAAUAGCCACCUAACUAGCUGAAGAUCCUAAAAGGAGAAUGUGGGCAGUUCAUUGAAGAGUAAUACCUAGAAUGUAGGUGCCCUAGAGAAAAAUAAAAGAAAAAGAUAACUAUAUGAAAAAUUAAAAACUGAAUGAUGAAAAGUUAUAUCACUUAAUAGAUGGAUAGUUAUUUUUGGUAUUUAAAACACACACACAAAAAAAACAAAUGUGAAUUUGUGUAGCUUUUAGUAAAUCGGCGUAUACACAAAGCUUUCACAUUCUACAGAACAAUGCAAUGCUCAACAGAAAACAGCAUUACGUGCUAUAAUACAUAUUUAAGUAUAUUAAUUGAGACACUGUCCUUGCAUGUAAUGAUAUAAAAUCAUGGAAGAACACCAAUGGUAUAAUUGUAAAUUCACACUUAAUUUCAGUGUUUGGUUGAUAAAUGGCAACUCACAUAUACAUGAGCCUUCUUGGCUCAAAUAUGAUGGCUUGUCUGAUGUAAUUUCCACUUAGGAUGUACUGAUAAUUAAAUAUCAAUAUAAAGGGAUAAAGCAUCGCAUGUGAUGCAGUAAUCCGUAUGGAUGUAAAAUUAGGGACACUAUAGUCACCUGAACAACUUUAGCUUAAUAAAGCAGUUUUGGUGUAUAUAACAUGCCCCUGCAGCCUCACUGCUCAAUCCUCUGCUAUUUAGGAGUUAAAUCCCUUUGUUUAUGAACCCUAGUCACACCUCCCUGCAUGUGACUUGCACAGCCUUCCAUAAACACUUCCUGUAAAGAGAGCCCUAUUUAGGCUUUCUUUAUUGCAAGUUCUGUUUAAUUAAAGGACCACUCUAGGCACCCAAACCACUUCAGCUGAAUGAAGUGGUCUGGGUGCCAGGUCCAGCUAGGGUUAACCCAUUGUUUUAUAAACAUAGCAGUUUCAUAGAAACUGCUAUGUUUAUCAAUGGGUUAAGCCUUCCCCCAAAGCCUCUAGCGGCUGUCUCAUUGACAGCCGCUAGAGGCGCUUGCGUGAAAAUCACAGUGAGCGCACGCAAGCGUCCAUAGGAAAGCAUUGAUAAUGCUUUCCUAUGCGACCGGCUGAAUGCGCGCGCAGCUCUUGCCAGCUACGCUCAAAGUAUAUAUGCCUCCCUCUUAAAAAGUAUGGUGUGUUCUUGCUAAAUGUGUGUAACAAAUAUAGUGUAAUAUUGUCAAAAUUAAAGGCAACGUAUUGUCCAGAAAAUAACAAAUAUUAUUUCAGGACUAUAGGUUCCCUUACUGUGAUGUGAUCAAUGUCCACCACCCUUUUGCUCAAUAGAAUUUGAAGGCACACUAUCGUCACCAAAACAAUUUUAGCGAAAUAAAGUAGUUUGGUUGUAUAGAUUAUGCCCCUGAAGUCUCACUGCUCAAUUUGCUGUCAUUUAGGCGUUAAAUCACUUUUGUUUCUGUUUGUUUAUGAAGCCCAGGUAACACCUCCCCUAGCUGUGAAUCACACAGUCUGCAUGAAAAAAAUGUAUUCCCUUUCAAUCAGAUAGUAACUUGCUUUAAAACUUUGUAUCUAAAUUGGACUUUUAUCGCAUACAGGAGGCUCCUGCAGGGUCUAGCAAGUUCUUAACAAAGCAGGAGAUAAGUAAUUCUCAAAUUAAUAGCAUUUGCAAAUAGGAAGUAUAAAUAUUAGAUGACUAUUUACAGGAAGUGUUUAGGAAGGCUGAAUAAGUCACAUGCAGAGAGAUGUGACUAGGGCUGUAUAAACAAAGUAAUUUAACUCCUAAAUGGCAGAGAAUGGAGCAGUGAGACUGCAGGGACAUGAUUUAAUACACUAAAACUGCUUAAUUAAGCUAAAGUUGUCUUGGUAACUAUAGAGUCCCUGUAAGUAAAGAUAACUCUCCCAAUUUCGAGCACUGAGACUCCUCUACUCUACAAACUCCAGCUUUGCCACCAUUGAUGUUCGUAUACAAGUUGACAUCGCUCUUGAUAUGCAGAAUAAAUAACGGUUCAGGCACUCCGGUACAACAAAAAAUAACAGCUUUAUUGGGGCAAAAACCGCAACGUUUCAACCUUACUGGGUCUUUUUUUUUUUAAGCUACUUGAUAAAAACCUGGUAGGGUCCAAAUGUUGCUGCUUUUGUCCCAAUAAUGCUGCUAUUUUUUUGUUGUACCAUUAUUUAUUCUGCAUAUCUUGUAAGGGGGGCCUGGCCAGCCCUGGCUUCAGAGCACCUGCGUUACUUGGUGUGUGCGGUAUCCAGUACAUCUCUAUCACUCACGAUAUCAUCCAAUCCAAUGUCUAAUAGGGACAUGGCAAAAUAAUGCACUACUCCUCCAAUCAAAAUGUUUCAAUCAGGGCUAAGUUUCAUUUGGUUCUGGAGGUAGAAGCUACUACUUAAAGCUAUUGAAGUUGUGUUUAACCCUGCACGAUAAACAUUGCAGUUUCUACAAAACUGACAUGUUUUACAUUGCGGGAUUAAAAUAAGUUUUACAAGUCACAACACACAGAAUGAAAACUCACAAGGAGUGAGUGUGUGGAAAAGCGUUUAAAAGUGUGUUAAAACAUUUUAGUAGCUGCUCUAAUAUACCUGUGAGGAAAUACCCCUUCCCCUCACCUUAAUUUUAAACCAGACAAACCGUUCUAAAGAUAUAAUCUUAAUAGUUAAUGGGUGGAGUGCUUAGUGAUAUUGGCAUGCAAUAGUUGCUUUCCCCUUUAAAUCAAGUAUGGAAAUUCUGGUGUCCUGGAAUACAUUAAAGGGGAUAAAAUACAGAAGAAAAUGCUAGUGCAACUGGUACUGUUAUACAGAUAAAGUGCAGAUGAAUAUGAGAGAGGAACUCACAAUUUCCAGAGCCUGAAAAAUAAGGCUUUAUAUAAACGGAAUGGUGCUCAUAUAGAUGGCACCCCACCUUCUUCUCACAAAAUCCUUUCUCCGGAUAAAACAAGGAAAGAACUUCUGGUGUAGUAUUACUUAAAAGUAAUACAAUUAUAUAAAAAUAUAGUAAAGGACUCUCACCUUUUUAAGAGCCCAUUGAUGCACUGGUUCUAAGGUGGGAACACCUGGUGUCAGUAUUUAGGGGUGACACCCCCCUAUAUGGAAUCUGGACUAGUGGGCAGAUUGGGUGCUAAAAGCUGGUAUUUAUUAACAAACUUAUAUAUAAAAAUAAAUCAAUAUAAAAUCAAAUGACAAGCACUUAAAGGGACACUAUAGUCACCAGAACAACUACAGCUUAAUGUAGUUGUUCUGGUGAGUAUAAUAGUUCCUUUCAGGGUUUUUUUCAUGCAAACUCCUUAGAUGGCCACUGGAGGUUCUUCCUGGGUCAGUACUACCGAAAAAGCAGCCCUGACGUUCAGCAUCCCCACACUCUGCAUGGAGAUGCUGAAUUUUCCUCAUAGAGAUGCAUUGAGUCAAUGCAUCUCUAUGAGGAGGUCCUGAUUAGCCAAAACUGCAUUUGGCCCGCCCCGUGCCAUUUUUAGCCAAUCCAAUUUUGGAUUGGCUAACAAUCGUCCAUUUUGAUAAUGUCAAAGGGGGCGGAGCCAGCGCCAUCGGACCCGCGCAGCACUGGAAAUAAGCUGAGUUUUAAACAUUUAUAGGGGGGCUAAGAGGGAGCAAGCCACCUAUAUGGUGGGUUAAACACUAUAGGAUCAGGAAUACAUGUUUGUGUUCCUGACCCUAUGGUGUUCCUUAACAGUCUCUAUGGUCCAGUCCUGGGCUUCUUCAGUUGGCUGUUUUUAUAAAUACUUUUAUUAAUAAAUACCAGCUUUUAGCACCCAAUCUGCCUACUAGUCCAGAUUCCAGGUUCCAGCUGGGGGAGUGUCACCCCUAAAUAUUGAUAUCUGGUGUUCCCACCUUAGAACCAGGGCAUCAAUGGGCUCUUAAACAGGUGAGAGUCCUUUACUAUAUUUUUAUAUAAUUGUAUUACUUUUAAGUAAUACUACACCAUAAGUACUUUUCUUGUUUUUCAGUUUUAUCCCGAAAGAGGAUUUUGUGGGAAGAAGGUGGGGUGCCACCUGAAUGAGCACCAUUCCGUUUAUAUAGAGGCUUAUUUUCAGGCACAAUAUAAGUUCCUCUCUUAUAUUCAUCUGCACUUUAUCUAUAUAUAAUUUUCUUCUGUGUUUUAUCCCCUUUAAUGUAUUCCAGUACACCAGAAUUUCCAUACUUGAUUUAAAGGGGUAAGCAACUAUUGCAUGCCAAUAUCACUAAGCGCUUCACCCAUUAACUAUUAAGAUUAUAUCUUGAUAACUGUUUGUUUGUCUGGUUCACAACCCACAUUGUUCUGAGUUUACCUAACAUAUGGUGUGGUUUUUUGUUUUUUUUCUUCAUCUUCAGAAACUUACAUGUUUACAUCCAUUACAAUGAUAUAUAAAUUAACUUCCUAUAAUCCCUCUAUGGUUACUGUAUCCAAUUUUUACUCUCUAUCUGGGCAGUAAUAUGUGCUUUUCAAAAUCCUUUCAGAUAUUCCCAACAGACUUGUGACAUUUAUACCUCUGGAAGAACCAAAUUAUGGACAUUUCCAGGUCAAGAAAAAUAACAUUUAUCAAAUCCGUCUUGCACAUGUCAAGGAUGAUGAAUGGUGAGGACUGCAAUAGAAUAUUCCUGGCUGAAUAUAUUACCAUUAAACAGAUAUCCAUGUUAAAUGUCUUCUAAUAUUGGUAGACAGUGGUUUAAUGCAGUCAGCUUAUAUAGUUUAUAUUCGUAUUUGAAAGGGAAAUUUGUCCAUGAAUGAGUUUAGCAUAACUAUCUUAUGUCUAAUAAUAGGCAUGUAGUCUUUUUCAUGUGUCAUUUAGCUUUAUGAGGUGAGAUUGCUUAAUGUACUGACUGCAGCACCAAUUCAGGUACUUUUAGAUUGUAAGCUCCUUAGGGCAGGGUUCUCUUCACCUGCCUUUUUCGUAUGCCAAUCAUGUUUUGUUAGAAUUUUGUGUUUGUCUUGUUUGCCUGUCGUACAGCACUGCGGAAUAUGUUGGCACUGUAGUAAUAAGUAUAGUUGUAAGUACAUCUGCUAUUCUUGCUUUAGCUUUGUGUCACCUUUACGUGAAAUACAUUUGUAUUGUUUUACUAGCCAAAGGUGACCAGUUAUUUUCCUUUACAUUCAAUGUACUUCUUGCCCUCCUUAGCCUUUACUGCUAUGCCACCAGCCAGCCAUCUGCUGUGCAAUUUGCUAUUGGCCCUCCGUGAUCUAAGAGAACAACUGUGUAAAAAUGUAAAAAAUUAAAAAAAAAUGCAGUUUUUUUGUGUUUUAUCAGUGCUUUUCGAGCUGAUUAGUGCCUUCUUGCUUUGCCUUUUAGGUCCAUCACUCUCUCCACGUUGUGUCCAGAAAGCUGGGCUUCCGAUGGUGUGGUUUACCCUAAAAUUUGCUGGAUGAGAAAUGAACUGCUAUCUAAGCUAGCAAAGUGGUCCACAGAGGACAAGAAAAGCGAGUUUAAAAGUACCCUAUCUCUAAUUGCUGUGGAUAAAUAUAGCACACUAUAUCAGCGCCUUAAGGAGAAAUACAAAGAGAUGGUGAAGGUAAUUUGCAAUUAUAUUUUAUUGGCGUUGUAAUUAGGAUGACUUUAUUCAGCUGACAGUUCAAUAUUUUAAAAAGUUACCGGUAACUCUUCCUUUCUUUAUGUUUUUUUUUUUUUUGUUUAAGUGUUUAACAUUUGUUUUAACCACGUUAUUUUAAUAGAAGCGAAAUAAUAGAAGAGAAAAUAGGAAUGCAAAUUUUUCACAUGUCAUUUAGAGCAAAUACUAACUUACAGCUGGGUAGACUGCUGACAGUGUCUUGAUAACACAGAAACAUUUUAGCAUGUUCCUUCAAAAGCCCUUGAGCAUGGCAUCAUGGGUGAUUUGGUGUGUUAGAUUAAAAAAAUAAUAAUAAUAAUUUAAAAAAAACUCAAUUUUUAGUUGGCUAUUUUUAUUGUCUAUCCCAGAAGUGAGUCUACUUCUACUACUUCUGUAAGUACAGAAUAAUUAUUGCAACAUAGCAAUGCAUAUCAAGUGUCAUUUUAGAUACAGGUAUGUAUAUAUAUAUAUAAAAUCUAUUUACACAUGUUUUCAUACCAGGAAUGUCUUAGUAAUGUACACGCUGGCAAAAGUUCUGGAUAUGAUUCUUUGUAAAUGUAUUCCAGAUGGCUUUGAAUGCUACACUGCACUUUUUCAGAAACUAUUCAAUACCGCAAUCUAAAUCAAAAUCUGUAUAAUUACUUCCUAAACAUUUUAUGUAUUUUCUUCAAAUUUAAAGACUGAUGUAACUCCACAUUUUUUAUAUUAAAGGGACACUAUAGUCACCAGAACAACUACAGCUUAUUGAAUUUGUUCUGGUGAGUAUAAUCAUUACCUUCAGGCUUUUUGCUGUAAACACUGUCUUUUCAGAGAAAAUGCAGUGUUUACAUUACAGCCUAGUGAUAACUUCACUGGCCACUCCUCAGAUGGCUGUUAUAGAUCCUUCCUGGGUCAUGGCUGCCUAAAAUGCAUCCAAACAUUCAGUGUCUCCUCCUUCUGCAUGCAGACACUGAACUUUCCUCAUAGAGAUUUAUUGAUUCAAUUCAUCUCUAUGAGGAAAUGCUGAUUGGCCAGGGCUGUGUUUGAAUCAUGCUGGCUCCGCCCCUGAUCUGCCUCUUUGUCAGUCUCAGCCAGUCCUAUGGGGAAGCAUUGUGAUUGGAUCAGGCCACCACUUCUGAUGAUGUCAGCAGAUGUUCAGGCUUGAAUACAUGUAAGAUUUUGCUAUAUUUAGGGAGGCAUGAUGGACCCAGGGGGGCUAGAUGGUGGUUUUAACACUGUCAGGAAUACAUGUUUGUGUUCCAGACCCUAUAGUGAUCCUUUAAAGGGUCAGGCUAAACACCAAAAGCACAUUGUCUCAUUGCUUAAAGAAGGGCUGUCCAACCUGCGGCCCCCCAGAUGUUGCUGAACUACAACUCCCAUGAUUCUUUCAAUGAAACAGCCAAGCAAUCAUGGGAGUUGUAGUUCAGCAGCAUCUGGGGGGGCCGCAGGUUGGACAGCCCUGGCUUAAAGCAUCCUGAGCCCACUGUCAUUACUAAGAGAAGAAUAAAUUGACAGCGAUUUGUAUUAGGACUGUCAGACAACAAGCCCUGAAAGCACUUUCAGGUUUCUUAUCGAUGCUUUCUCCCUUCCCAGGAAACUGAGUCAAGCCACAUUUAUGGACCACAACACAGCCUGGUUCAGUAAACCGUGACCUGGGCUGUGUAUAAAAUACUAGCAGCCGCAGUAUGGCAGAAGUCCGUUUAAAUUAUUGUUCAAAUGAUCCAUUGAUGGAUGGAGAAUUCUGGGUUAAGAUCUGCCUCCAUAAAGUAAAAUAGAUGCUACUUACUCAAGUAUAUCUACCCACUGUGGGAGUGGGUAUGCUUUAGUGGUUAUGGUGCUAGUGGGCCAUUCCAUCCUACUUUUUUUAACAUUUUGUCUUUUUACCUGGGGUUCACAGUUAUAUUUUGCAAUAUAACCGCUUGAUCUGUAAGUAAAUAACUGUGUACAGGCUGUCUUUGCCUUCAGAGUUUUUCACUCAACAUUUUUUACAUUUGUAUUCUUUAUUUUCAAAGCAAAUGUAUACAGUGUGCAUUCGUGAGUGUAAUAUACUUAUACACAUUAUUUCACAUUGUGCAGGUUGUUAAUGAAGUUUGCAUUUUCAAACAUUUCUACGGAAUUCUAAUAGUACACUUGUGCAGUUUCAAUGGAGAAAUUAUGUUGUUCUUCAGAGAGGAAGCAGGAACAGGUCAAAUGAACUAAACAUAUAGUACUUUUUUUGUAACCCUGCAAUGCACCGGGCAACAUUUUUACAGUUUAAUUCCUUUAAGAUGAGUUAUUUUAAUGUGAACCUGUCACUCUCAUUAAUCACCUAUGCAUAUGUAUAUUUUUUUACCUCCCUGUUGUGCAAUCAACAUUGCAUAUCUCAGUAUGCCUCUGACCCACUUUCCUUAACUGGCUGCUGGCUUAAUAUAUUUAUAUCUAACUUACUGGACAGAUAGUUUUUUUUUAUCACCACCCUUUUUUGCAGGUAGGCCCUUUGGAAAUGUAGUAUUCAUUUUAUUUUCCUGCAUCAGUUGUGUUGGAAAUAUUUUCAACACGUCAACACCGCAUGUCCAGCUGAUUUUUAAUAUACACUUUUUUCCUAGCUGGCAGUUCCACUCUGUAUAGUAAUACCCAACAGUAAGCCCAUGCAUCCAGGAGAUUACAUAAUGCUCCUUACUGAAUGUCUGGUGUCUCCAGACAAUCUGGAUAACUAUUUCUGCUAAAUAGCUUUCCUGUCCCACUGCGGCUGCUGUUCCAUAUGGAAAAUGAAUAACCUUGAACAUGAAUUGUCAUUCUUUCUAUAUCAUUUUUUAAAUGUUAUAUAUUUUUGUUUAAGGUCUGGCCUGAAGUUACAGAUCCUGAGAAGUUUGUUUAUGAAGAUGUGGCCAUAGCUACGUAUUUAUUGGUAAGCCUUGCAUCUGUUACAUCAAUUAUUUUGUGAAUUUCUGCGUGCGUAUGAAUAAAGCCGAUGUUUCAUUGGAUGCAUGUUCAGAAGUAGUGGAGCUGUACUUGGACCAUGCUUAUAGUGAGCUAAGAGAGAUCCUUAAAUUAACUUUUGUGGUCUAUAGUUAGGGACUAUCCAUAAUAUAUCUAGACACAACUAGACAGCUAUAUAAGUUGGCUCACUGGUACUAUUAUAAUAAUAAUAAUAAUAAUAGAAAAAAGUAAUAAAAGCAACAUAUGUAAAAUAAAUACAGAAACUCUUACCAUUAGAUAGGCUAAAGUGGUGGUUUAACAAAACAAAUUCUAAAUACAAUAUGUGGCUGUAGUAUAAUAAGUAUAUAAUCCUUCACGUUUAAGCAAAUCCUUUCACUGCUGUUAAACAAAAUGAAGAUCAAAAAAAUUGUGGACUCCAAAAUGAUAUAAUGUCUUGGCUUUACAACAUGUGAUUAAUAAUACAACAUAUGAAUAAUAACGAUGCCCAAUUAACUUAUAAAUAUCGCAGAUCUCCAGCCAUCUUGCAUUAUUUCAUUUUUUUUUUGUACUGGUCCUAUUUAUAUUUGUAACAGAGAGUAAGGGACAGCAUACAGCUUUAUUCUUGUUUCCAGAAGCAUUCUGAUUUAUAUUUCUACGAUAUUUUUUCCUCUAAGACACACAUUUUCAUAUGUAAAGGAAUAGCGCUUUACUAGCCAUUUUAUGUACCUUAAUACUCCAUCCUUAUUCAUUUUUCUUUAAUAAAUGACUUGAAAACUGGUGUGCAAAAUAUUGGCAGAUCAAAAUAGUUUAUCUUUCAUUUAUUUAAAAAAAUAGUAAUUUUCAUCGUAUUCAUUAAUUCAGACUUGCACGAGCAUACCUUACCUUUUCAACCACUUUGCAUAUUGUUGAAAGGGCUGUUGUCUACAAUUAUCCCUUCUUGUUUAGAUUUUUUUUUUUUUUCUUCAAAUUUUAGAUAUAAGUUUAUUUUGUUCUAGAAAUACAUGGUUUUGCAUUCAUCGAUAUUGGAUCUAACCCGCUACUUGCCAAGUGAAGUCUCCAGUUUAUUUAAAUCUCUGCAGGAAAGUAGUAUUCUGUUUAGGCUGCAAAAUAUGGUAAUUAACAGGUUGCUGCUUAUUUUUAUUUUUUUUAUUUAUAUAUAUAAAGAUUCUUUGGGAAGAGGAAAGAUUACAAAAGCGCCUCGGUGACAAACAAUCCUUUGUGGACUUGGGAUGUGGAAACGGUCUUCUAGUCCAUAUAUUAAUCAGGGAAGGGGUAAGUACCAUAUGCUCAUGCACGCUUAUAUAUAAAAAUGGGUUCUAGUUAAACUAUUUCUUCUGUAUAGAGAAUGUGCAGCUUGGAUAUAGAGAUUGCUAAGCUAAGUUUUCUACAGCAUGCCAGAACAUGUGCUUAACCCCUUGUCCUUAAGGAGUUAAAGAAUUACUAUAAGCACCAAAACCACUGCAUCUUAAUGUAAUGGUUUUAGUGCAUCGAUGUAUUUUUUUUCAUACAAAGUAAAACUCUGGCUUUUCUGCAAUGCUUACAUUUGUCUGAGAACACGCCUCUUGUGACUAUCAGACAGACAUUCAUUUGGGGUGCUUCCUCCUCAAGACUUUUGAAUUUCAAAGGUCCUCAUGUUUGUCUUCGUCACGCACAACAUGGCGACGCCGGAUGCAGCUAAAGCUUCUCACAGGGAUUCUUUGUAUUGGAGUGAGGUGAUUGCAACGCAUGUGCUCUUUGUUGAAAUAGUAUCAUUUUAAAGAUACAUAUUAUGUUGUUGGAGAAAUCAAAGUUUGAGAGAGUAAUUUGGUUAAUAUAGAAAAUGUUUGAAUCCGAACACAUUUGUCAGAUUGUAAGACUUUACUGCAUAUUAUUGCUUGUGAGAUGUUUAGAAUAAAACUUUAGUGCUUUAGGUUCUAUUCCCAGCAGAGUCAAAUGUGUAUUUCAUUCCUGUGAGAUUCAUAUAAUGAGUACUUCUCAGCAUCAUAAGAAUAAUAUCUGUACCCCUGGUAAUAUGUGGAAACAGGAUACAUUUCCAAUAAAUCCUACGUAAUGAAGAAUGUUUGCAUUGCUACAUCUCCCUAUUACAGAUAAUGAAAGACUUCCUAAUCUUCUGUUUAAGUUGGCAGUUUUAUGCAAAUAUGCAAUUGGAAUCAGAAUGUCAGGGUCACCAGGUACAUUGUACCCUGCAAACCGUCAUUUAAAAGAGCAGUGUCAAUACUUGAAGGAAGUUAUUUGCCCACUCUGACAUUAUUCAAUGGGCAGGAAAAAACUGACCGGGAAGAAGGAGAAAGGGGAAAGAAAAAGGCCUGUCAAACCGCUAACAAGAAAUAUUUAUGUAGGAAGAAUCCGAACAAUAAGGUGAAACCUAUAGACAGUGGAGGGGCCGACCAAUCUAGGCAAGGAAAUAGAAACUGUCAUCUCGGGUGGUAACUGGCAAACUUGCGUUAAAUACUGAAAACAUUUAAGAGCAUAAAUUGAGUGGAUACAUAAAAUCAUUUUCAAGGAGGUUUUCUUUUUUUUUUUUAAAUCGCUUUUAUUCUUUAUUCAGGUUGACAAUAGAACUUGAGUGGUCUAAAAAAAUAAUGAAUAUUCAUUCACUUAUUGCUGCCAUACAAUGUUUUUAAGUUUAAAUUGCCAAGUUGAUUUAAUGCUUUUCAUUUAGCAGCCAGGUAUGCUACAAUUAAUAACACGUUACAAGGCUGCUAACCUUUGUCUCUCUGCCAUCCAUGUCUUUUUUUUUUUUUUCUAUCUGGAAGCAGCUGUCACCUUGCAUAAGGUCACAGUCUGCAAUAAUUUAAAUUUACAAUUAAUUGUUUUUAAAUCCUACAUUGACGCAAAUCUUCAUCAUUUAAUGACGUGUUAUGGUUUUUUAAUUUUUUUUUAACUUUCUUUAAGCAUCGAGGUCGAGGCAUUGAUGUGAGAAAAAGAAAAAUUUGGGAUAUGUACGGCUCAGAAACCAUCUUGGAGGUAUUUUGAAACUGCACUAUUUUUAGAGACACUAUUGCUUUCUGUUUGAACUAUAAUAUUUUUGUUGUAGCUUUGAGUUUAAAUGCUUACAUUUCCAUAGUGAUGAAAAGUAAAUGGUAAAAUUGUAUAUUUUUUUUAUUUUUAUUUUUAAAAACCUGGUCAGUUCUCACAAUAUUUUUAAUGCUUGAAGCCCUAGUUUAAUUGUGAAAGAGGCUCGCUAUUACUGGAACUUCUGCUCCAUGUGGAGGAUCUGUACAAUAUGUGUCUUAGAUGCAAGAUCAGGAUUCGUGGCUUACCCAGACUCAAAAAUUUGACAGAUUGAAGGAAUCUCUGCAAGCCCUCUCCAGCCAAGUCCUCUGCAACGAAGAGCCAACACCAAUUAAGAUAGACAGGGCACUCUGCCCCUACUAUCCACAUGGCCCCUCGAGGGAUGUCAUUUGUCAGCUGUACUCCUACCCGACAAUGGAACCCAUCAUAGCUGCUGCACGAGCACAAUGCUCGUGGACCUACCACAAUGCAAAAGGUCUAUCAGAUCUCUCACUAGAUGAUCGGGGGGUGUGGGUGAGGGUCUGGAGUUUGGUGGUGUCGAGCAUAAGGACACAGCUUACAUAUUGGCCAACUAAAAAUGUUAUGAAAACAGGUUGGAAAUCUUGAAUGUAACAGUCCGGCACAGGGAAGCGGAGGCACUGAGGAAUGCAUUUCGCUUUAAAUGAUACAGAGAGCGAAUGAAAUGCCUGGUAUCAUUGUUCAUCCAGACCCACUACUGACAUCCUCUCUCAGCAAGUGCAGAAGCAGAGCAGAACAGUGGCAGUGCUGGAGUCAAGACAUAGAAGAAGGAACAUACGGCUGAGAGGUAUCCCUGAGAGAGUUGGUGGACUGCACUUUACUCAGAGGGUGAUUGCCACAAUGGGCCUCAAAGGUUGAGCUGACCUGUGGCCUGUGGUGUCGGCGUUUAACAUCCGAAAAGCAGCAGCAGCCUCAGAAGGAGAAACCAGAGACACAAUCAUCGUAACUAAAGAUGUCACAGCAAGAGCCGCUAUCAUGGCUCGAUCCAGGGCCCUAGGGACGGUAGAGUUUGAGGGAUGCUCGGUGGCACUAUAUGGAGACCUCCCGUUUACAGUCUUGGUUGAAAAAAGAACUGGCCCCAGUUGCGAAACGGCUAAGAGACCACUCAGUCAGGUACCGCUGGGGAAUGGAGGGCUAACUCAUAGUCACACAAGGGCUUGCAAUGCUCACCCUGACCUCUGCAGACAACCCAGAGACAUUCCUCAAGAGAUUAGGAGUGCCAGCCAAGUCAUCAACAUCUGCAGCACAAGCACCAGAGGAACGAGAAUCACAAGACUGCCCAGUAAAAGGGACGGCGCAGCCCCAGGCUACAAGAACUGGGUUUAAAGUCCGCAGGCAACAACUCAAGCUGUAACCCUUACUGCCACCACCAACCAGAAAACACCACACCCAGCUUGAUUAAAAUGUCUUGCAUAGCCCCUGGUUUAUUUUCUCUUCUGUGUAUCACACAGGCACAGUUAUUAACCCUACCCAUCUUAGCUGCCCAGAAGCUCCCACCAAGUGGAGUGAAAAAGAUCUCUUGCCCUUUGAAUGCUAAACCGCAACAGCAAAAGUGAACAUUGCCCCGAAAAUGCUGAUGUCUCAUAAGUUGUAUCCUACCACUGUACACAUAGUUGAGCAAUGUGCUCCUUCCUAAUGUUUAAUUGCAUUUGUUAUGCUGUUUUCAUAUAAUGUCUUGGAUAGAGGUGGCUCUAGACUUUAUGAGGCCUUAGGCGAAACUCAAACAGAGAGUAUCCUUGUGUGUGUGUGUGUGAAUGUAUGUCUCUGUGUGCAUGUUUGCGUUUUUUGUCUGGAACCCUAUGUGUAUGGAGUAGCUGCUUGAAGUGUGUUGUGUGUAUGGGGGGUUGAUGGUGUGAGGGGUUGAUGAUGAGAGGGACAGGGUGUUGAUGAUGAGAGGGUGAGGAGGUGAUGGUGUGGGAGGUAGAGGGAGGUGAUGGUGAGGGGGGGGUGAUGUGAGGUCUGAUGGUGAUAGGGGGGAGACAACAUACCCUUCCAUGGUGGUCCGGUGGCCAUUACUUACCGUGCCCCGCAGCUCCUUCACAAGUUCAAUAAUGAGAUUUCGGAUUUGAGCUGGUGAUGUGAGGUGGCUGGGUUGACAAUAUACAACAAGUGGAAGCUCUAACUUCUUUUUUUACAAAACAAUACUGAAAGAUUUAACACAACAUGGCUCCCUUGGAAUGAUUAUAUAUCAAAACUAGAGGAACCAAACCUGUUACCUACUGAAAGAAGAGGGCCACUAGAUAACUUUUUUAACCUCUAGACAACCCCUUUCCUGCUGCCCCCCACACUUUUUUUUUUCUCUUUCUUCUCUUCUUUCCCCGUAUAACCCUCCAGACCAACUCUCUGCCCUAUCCCCCUCCUCCCCAUUCUUCUCUCUAAAAGUUGUUUGACAAAUAAGAAAGCCAACACCCCAUACACAGACUUCACCUAACCAGUCAGCUUGUUCAGAGGAGAAUGCACCUACUGCUCAGUUAGUUAUUUAUUUAUUUUUUUCUCUCAACUGUAUAAUCAAAUAGCAUGCAGGCACCAAAUAUCAGGUUUCUGUGCUUUUGUCAUGUGUUAGUCAGACACUGUUAAUAUUAUGAUUUGUCUAUUUCUGUACCUGAAAAAAACAGAAUAAAAAUUGUCAAAAAAAAAAAAAGAUUAGGUUGGAUUCGGUUAGUACUGGGAUGAGGUUUUGGGUUAGAUGUGGGAUUAGGAUUUGGUUUAGAAGUAGGGCUUGGAUUUGAGAUGAUUAGGGAUUAAGAUUGUUACUUACCAAAGAUAUACAAAGAGGGGUUUGUUGCACUCAGGAGGUGUUGGUGAGUACAGCUAAGAUAAUUUUGUUACAGUGGAAGAUUUAAAAAAUAAGCAUUAAAAAUACUAUAUGUAUGUAAAAAUAGAAAAAUAAAAAUGAAUGCCACAAACUUUCACAAAACUCCUCACAAUGUCCACUUUUGCAAAUGCAGUUAUGGCGUAAUUUAAAUUUAUGAGCUACUGAAAUGCCAUUUACUUUUUCAAAAACUUACCGGGCAGGAUAUAAUUUAAGUCCUGUAUUUUUUUUUUGUAAAUCUGUUUUGUAUUUUUCAAAGAGGUACAUAUAAAUAAUAUAUACAAGAGAGCGCACAGGCCUCUCCAUAUAAAGCAUAAGUAACAUAACCGGUAGCUCUGUGAUUGAACGCUCAACAUUCAGUUACCGCAGAAGUUGUACAGCAGACAUAUAUCCCCACAGUCGGCAUAUGGUAACUGGGCAAUUAUUGGUUGAGGAGAUCCUCCCUAAAACAUAAAAAUGGUAUAGUUCUCUCUGAGAUCGGGGUAUCCCCCUGUAUAUUUGCUUGCUAGCCAUACACUGUCUCUUAGAGGUAGGCCUGCUAUGUAGGACAGUUAAGAUACUGAAGAUGGAUAAAGUACAAGUGGAUAAGAAAGAUGUGGUGUCCCCUGCCCCCAAGAAGAUCGAGCACCCCACCCCCGGCAUUCUCCUGCGACUUUUAAAGCAAUCACAGCUCUUGAGCCACGAACAUAAACCACGGCUGCCAUGCCUCUGCGUGUCUGGAUCCCCCACCCCGUGUUAAAGAAUCAUGAAGCGCCUCCGCCGCCUUUAUAUCAUCGACUCUACGCAGCCAGUCUUCCCUAGUGAGAACCUCGAUCCUCCUCCAGAAGGCCGGGACAAGGGCCUUGGCCGCAUUUAAUAAGUGGCGCAAGUGUAGCAGACCCAGAGUAACCCGACCGGUUACCUCUGCGAAUUCACUUCCUUCAGCCGUUCAGGAACCCUUACAAAAAGCAGGCAUCCAUUCCCCUGAACAAAACACAGUUCUGGAGGUUACAACACUGACUGACUGUUUAUUUUGUUACACAUGGUUUAACAGACAGGGGUUUAAAUCCAGAGCCAGAGAAGCUGAAGAGGGAUGGAGGAAGGACACGGCAUCUAGGUUAAACUGGGCUGGCAGUGUUUCUGUGACAAUGUCCUGCUGGGACAGGAAACGUUAGGGGGACGGGGGAGAGAUACAGGAAGACCAUACAUUCACAAAAGGAAGGGAGUGGGGGUAGAGACACAGAGCAAUCCAUUUCACUUACUCUACUUUAUAGAGCUGCUGCAUAUACAGGCACAAAACACUAAAGGAGAAAGCACACAAAUAAUCAGUGGGCAUGGUACUCAGUGACGACGGUCCGUAACAGUAAGAUAGACUUUUUAUAGACCGAGACAGGUUUUGAUGACACAUGCAGUAAAGCGAGUCCGAGUCCCCUAAGAUUUCGGUCACUGCUUCCUUCACCAUCUCUCUCUUUAGGAUAAUGUUUUGACACUCCCACCAGAUGUGGAUCAUUGUCCCUCUCUCCACCUGGCAUCUCCAGCAUGUGAAGGGGACCGUAGGGAAGAUUCUAUGAAGGGGUGGUGUUUUAUACCACAGGGAGAUCAGUUUAUAGUUCAUCCACUGGUACUGGGAGCUGAUGGAGCGCUUUUGUUGCCAUAGUACUACCUUUUUCCAUUGCGAUGCUGAGAAAGUCUUGCCCAUGAGAUCUUCCCAUUGCCUUUGAAAAGUGUUGUUUAUUGACUUAGACCCUACUAGCAGAUAUUUAUAAAGCAUAGAGACUACUUUGUCAAGUGUAGAGCCCCGCACUCAAGUAGCAAAUAUCACGUUUACUAAAAAAUAAACUGCUAAAGUGCAAUGUGUUUGUAAACAAUGCAAAAAUAAAACCAUACAAUAACAUUUUAACCCCUUAAGGACAGAGCUUCAAAUAGCUUGUCUUUCACUUAAUGACAACAGCAUUUAUUUUUUAUUUUUUGCUGUUUGCAUUUUACAAAUUUAUUGCACCGCCACAUAUUAUAUACUGUUUUUUAAAGGACAGAAAGGGCUUUAAUUUGAUGUAACAUAUAUAUAUAUAUAUAUAUAUAUAUAUAAAAAUACAAAAUUUGUGGGGUUUUUUCACAGUUUUUGCAAUAAUAAUGUGUGCACAGUUAGUGCAGCUUAAGGAAAGUAAUUAAAAAUAAAUUAAUUUAGUUGUUCUGAUUUACAGAAUAUAUAAUGUGUCUGGGAUUUUAAGGUGUUUUUUUUUUUUUUACAGGUCACAAAGCACAAGGAGUAAACUAAACCUUUAAUGUGGAGCGAUUUUAGAAUUUGGUAUGUUUGUCUUGUAAGCUUAAUAGCCAUAAAAGAAAACAAAAUUGCCACACAAAAGUAUAUAUUUAUAUAAAGUAGACAUCACGGGCUAUUUACCUAAGGUUGUUUUGACACUUUCUACGUAGCCAUUUCACCGCCAACCUCUGCUAAAUAUUGGAGUAAAAUUGUGGGUUUUUGGUUUUUGGCACACAAACUUAUAACAGAGAAAUUCUCAUGUGUAUUUUGUAAAGUUGGUGUGUGCUAUCCCUGUACAAAGUUUUAUUUUGUGUUCAGUUACAUCUGCUGAGUAAAAUGACACCCCCAUUGUAUGUCUUUGGCACUAUUUCGUGAAGUUACAGUGCCAUACAGGAUACCUGUCCUUUUCAGUAUUCACAGUAGGAUUUUGAGAGACAGAUUUAAUGAGCCUAUGCUUCCAUUUGGGGUAUUAUGGUAGUUUGACUGUUCAAAAAAAAACCACAAAGUCCUACCAUUUGUAAAAGUAGACACUCCAUAAGGUGCAUAUUGUGCCUUAACAUUUUUUCACCAAUAUAUGCCAAAGUAUGUGGUAAAAAAUAAUUUUGUGCAUUUUUGCUGGGCAUUUUGUAUAUUUCAUAUGUGCCACUAAGUUCAAACCUCCCAAAUUAUGCUCAGCUAAGUCUUCUGAGUAAAAAGACACCCUCAAUGAAUAUGUUUGGCACUAUUUUGCGAAGCUACAGUGCCAUAUAGGAGAUCAAGCCAUAUCCGUUUUUGCCGAACUUUGAAUUUUGACGCUGGGCCUAUGUGCAAUUUCCAAUUGCAGGUUUUAAAUUCAAACUACCCCACAAAGGCCUACCCUUUCUUAAAGUAGACACCCCAGGAUAUUUCAAAAGGCAUAUUUUUAACCUUAGCGUGGGAUCAUUUUUCCACUAGCUUGUACCAAGUGUAGUGGUAAUAAGCAUUUUUUUCUGCCUUUUUGACACACAAAGUUUGUGCAGUAUAUUUUGCAAACCUUAUGUGUGCUAUGACUGUAUAAUACUUCAUAUGUUGCUCAGCUAUGUGGUCUGAGUACAGCAAUACCCCCGUAUGUACCUUUGCCAGGUAUAUGUGGAUGUUUAAGGGACGCAUUUGAGAUGCAGCCAUUCAGUUUUUUUCUAACUUUGCAGUUUUGCUGUGUCCAUGUUCCAAUUUGGAGUAGUUUAGAUGGUUGGUUAUUGAAACUUCCCCACAAACACAGUAUUUAUUAAAGAAUACACCCUGGGGUAAUUCAGAAGGCAUAUUUUGAACCUUGGCGUGGGAUAUUUUUUUCUCUAGUUUGUUUCAGGUGUAGUGGUAAUGAGCGUUUUUAAAUGUGUUUUUUUUUUUUUUACUUUUAAAAACUAGUUUUUAAACUUUUGUUUUGCUUAUUAAUUUUUUUUAAUUUUUCCUAAACUUUCUUAAAACUUUUUUACAGAUUUAAAAUUUUUGUAAGCUUUUUUUUUUUUUUUACUGUUAACCCCUAAGUAGCAGUAAGCAGCACUAACAGUAAAUUCCCCAUUUUCCCAUAACUCCCACCCACCCCAGCUAGCAAAAUAUAUAGUUAGAAAAUAUUUAAAUUAAAUAAAUUGAACCCGUGAGGGUUAAAAAAUAAAUAAAAGUUAAUCCUCAGGGGUUAAAAAAAAUUAGAUCAUAGUAUAAUACUGUGAGCUGUAUUUGAUCACUGUAGGCAGUGAUCGACUGGCAGGGAAGGGGUUAAUUUUUAUUUGGACUGGGGUUGUUUUUUUUAUUUUUUUUUACUUAAACUUUAUUAAAACUUUUUUAAGCUUAAUUUUUAACUUUUUAAAGUUUAUUUUAAUACUUUUUUAACGUUAACCCCUAGUUAGCCUAACGCCAAAUCCCCCAAUUCCCCACUAACUUCCACCCACCCCAGCUAGCUAAAUAUAUAAUUUUAAAAUAUUUAAAUUAAUUAAAUAAAAUUUUUUUUAAAAAUCAGUUCAUAGUAAAAUGUAAUCCCUGCCAAUUGAUCACUGUAGUCAGUGAUCAAUUGGCAGGGAAGGGGUUAAUUUUUUAUUACAAUGGGUAAAGGGGGGUGGUAUUUUAAAUGAACUUUAUUUUUUUCCAACAGGGGGCAGGAUCAUCACUGUUCCGGCUCCAUGAUCGGGUGCUCCUGGUUUGCCUCUAAUACAGAGGCAGACCGGAGCACCAUUAACCCCGCGAUCGCCACAAUAGCGGCGAUCCGGGGUUAAUUUUACCGCGUAACGGACUAGGUCUGUCACUCGUCAUUAAGGGUUCCCCCUGAAGGGGGUUAAUGAAAUUGGUGCUAAAAUGGCUGUAUAAUAAGGCUCAAAAUAUGCCACAUGAGAUACACUGUGAUGUGUACUUUCACAAACGGUAUGCAUUUAUGGGGUUAUGUUAACAGUCAAACUGCUACAAUGACCCAAAAUGAAACAUAGACCCAUCAAAUUCAUCUUUCAAAAUUCUAACUAUAAAACCUGAAAUGGUCAGGUCUCCUACAUGGCACUGUAACUUCACAGGAUAGUGGCAAAUGCAUACAUCUGAGUAUUGUUGUACUCAGAAGAUGUAGCUGAACACAAUAUAGGGUUUUGUACAGGAAAAAUACACAUUAAAAAAACCUUGUUAUAUGUGUGUGUGUGUUUAAAAUCAGGAAAAAAAAACCAACAAUUUUACUACAACAUUUAGGAGAGAUUGGCUGUUAAAUGGCUACGUAAAAAAUGUCAAAAUACUCUCCAGUAAAUAGCCUGUGAUGUCUACUUUACAUUAAUAUAUACUUUUAGUGUGGCAAUUUUAUUUUCUGUGAUGGCUAUUAUGCUUACAAGACCAACAUCAACUUUUAGCUUACUACAUUGACAUUUUAUUUCACUCCUUGUAUUUUGUGACCUGUAUCUAAUAAAAAGAAACUGAAAUCCUAGACAUAAUAUAUACUCUGUAAAUCAGGACAACUAAAUUAAUUUCUUUUGAUUUAAUUUAGAUAUUAGGUUUUCUUUGUUUUUGUUUUAGUGCUUCUCUUCUUUUCCCUCUAUUGGUUACUUUCUCUCAAUUGUUUUGACUAUGGCUCAGUUUAAAGGACCACUCUACACCCAGUGCUGAAGUGUUUAAUCGGCAAGGAGUAUCCUAUUACAUUGACUAUUUUAUAAAAGUGCUGAUUUCUCGGUUAUUUAUUCUCUCUCAUAUAAAAAAAAAAAUAUAUAUAUUUUAAAUGACUGUUUCAUUUUUUUAAAAUGUUAUCUUUUUAUUUGCAACAAUUCGAAGAUCGCAGACCAUGCCUUUCCUAAUUUAAAUAUACCAUGUCUUUAUUUAAGGAAUGUGCCAUAAAGCCAAGUGAUGAAUAUUUAUUUCCAGACACAGACUGGAUAAUUGGAAACCAUUCGGAUGAACUUACCCCAUGGAUUCCAGUUAUAGCUGCUCGGUAAGCAUGACAAAUAUAUAAAACAUACUGCCGCAGGAGAUAAGGCACAUUCUUUUAGGCAUAUAUUUUGUUUGUUCUGUUCCUCCUGAAUGGGUCAUGGCAUUGUGGCUCAUAAUAUUGCAUUGUUGUUCUGUCCACUCACCCAGGGAUAUUUGUUUUGUAAGCUAAUUAAUUAGAGGGUAUGGGUCCAGAAAUGCAUGGCCGAUGUUUCUGCUUCAAAUUCUAUACAUUGUUGUGCAGUCCACGUGAAAUAACUGGAAACUGCUGAAAGCCUGUGCUGGUGUUGUCCAACUUAUUGAGAAUAACACAUAAAAUUAUAACUAUUUAAUAUUCAAAAAAGCAACACAUGGCCACCUGCCUACAGACCUCUGCUGUGACCUACUGCCCUGGUGGUUUCACCAUGAUACAGAGCAUGGUGGCAGGGAGCCUUCAUGUACUGACACACUGUUCAACACUUAACAUUGAAUACUCUGAACAGGGCACAGUGCUGCUAAAAUAAAUUGUAAGAUUGCCCUUUGCUGUUGAUUGUGUUUGUGUUGGGGCAUUAACAGGAUUGUGUUUGUGCAGCCUGUCAUUGCUCUUUAGAGCUAGGCAUUUUGUGAGACAGAGCAGAAGUCAUGUGAUAUCACAUUCUCACCAAACCUCUCUCUAUACAGCCCUGGCCUAUCCUGUCAGCUCCAUAAACCUUCCUUACACAUACCACUCAAACAGUGUUCAUUUUGCCAUUGUGAAUUAGCAAAAAAAGAAAAAUGAUGAAAAAAGCACAACCACACUGCCAAACACGCCCUUUAACGCAGAACAUAGAGGUUCAUGAGUUUCCCCUAUUCUUAACACAAAUGGGUUUUAUGGGGCUCCUUGAAACUUGUUAACAUUAACAGCAUGUAUUAAAACAAUAAAAUGUUUUAAUGAUUUAAAAUUCCCAGCAAACCAUAAAAAAUACACACAAAUAAUAAGUACCUCCCAAUUCAGCAUCUCUACGAUAUACAUAUACAUGCAGACUGCUUUGGAAUAGAUCCCAAAUAGCUCUUCGGAAAUAGAGAUUUGGCCUCACUACAGUUUGUGUGCAAAUGAUUAACUGGAAACUGGAUGCUGUAAAAGAUUAAUGUUAAGGUAAAAUGAGCAUCUAAAAACAAAAGCAUGGUCCUCUAGUAAAUAACAGCACGUGAUGUAUCCGUAUUCCCCGUGAUAAUGGUUGGUGCUUAGGAAGUAGAAAAAUCUUCACCCAGUGUUUACACUGUAUCCAGGCUUGUGGGGACUUGUAUGAAUUGUCCAACCCUAUGAAUGUAAAAUAGACUAUUACUGACAUGUCAGCCAUCCCAAUACCUUUUUACCUUUAUUUCUAUUGCUGUUUGGCUCCAGCAUUAGCUCAUAUAUUCAUUCUUGCCACACGCAAUUAGUGGCCAGCCCACUGUACUUCUCACUAUUCUGGGGGUGCAUUAUGACAUUGGUUCUAAAGUCCAUAGUCUGCAUAGGCACCCUUCGGCCUUUUAUAAAGAGGCUGGCACGGCUCUGCAUCAUGUGAGUUCAAUUCCACCAGUUACCUCAUAUUGUGUUUACCAUAAAGUAUUAAGCAAUGUACUGUUUUUAUGUUCUCUUUUAGGUUACCCUUUGUAUUCAUUGGUUCCUAUUGACCACUUACUUUAGAUUUUUAGGUAUAUUCAUUGAGUGUGUGUCACUGCGCCUAUUUUAUUGUUGAGUAUUGUGUUUUUGAGUGCUGGUGGGGAGCACUCUAAACCUUUAACACGCACAACACACUGUAUGUCUAUCUUUGGAAGCCCCUAGACACUUUUUAUAUUUAUUAUUUACUGCAGUCUAUUAGCAAUAAGUAGAAAGAUCCAGCACAAUGCAGAAGUGUAGAGGCACUCCAAGAUAUAUUCAGAUCUCACAGCAGCAAGCAACAUUUACACUUCCUUUGAGGUCUUUGUCAAGCUUGUGGUCUGGCGUGCUGGUCGUUUCUUUUUCGAGAUUACUGCUUAGACAAAGGUCCUCUUAAUUCUCAAUCAUGCUGACAAUACUUUUUAUUGUGCCAAAACCAAAACAAGGAAGUACAUACACAAAAUCGCAGCUGCAAUUACUUUCACAAAAAUGAUGUACUGAAACCUAAAACAAACAAACAAAUCCAUGUCAUGUAAGGUAAAUAAAACAAAGGCUGCUGUCUGGUAGAAAAGCUUGCUGAUGAGCUGUGUACCCCUAAAGACACAUCUGUUACAUUUCUGUUCCCAUACACGUAAAAUUCUGAGAAGCCACGCUAUAUUGUUUUUAUUUUGUAAUUUUAUUUGGAAGCAUGAAAUGUUUGCAACUCAGUACAAAUUGCUCAGUGAAUAUCAGAACUGUGAAUGGAUUGAUGUAUCACAGCAGUACUGAUGCUGUAAUUCUCAGAAGGCAAAUCAAGGUAAAAGCUAGGCUAUUCGUUUCUGGGUAUGGACUUAUUAUAGGCUUACCUACCAGGCAUCAUUUCUCCCCUGACACUGGUAGGGUUUAAUUACUGAACUUGUUUAACCCCUUAAGGACACAUGACAUGUGUGACAUGUCAUGAUUCCCUUUUAAUCCUGAAGUUUGGUCCUUAAGGGGUUAAACUGAGUGCAUAAAACGGUAGGUAUUUACAUAGACAAAAAAAGACAGAGAUUGUUUAUCUGCUAUCUGCAAAUGUGACCAGAAAAUCCGCAGUUGGAAAAAGGAAAAAACUUUUUGUAAAAGGAUAUAUAUCCAAAUUGGGGGAUAUUUGGUACUAACCUCUAUUUUAUAGCUAGAAUAGGGUAUUGCUACAAAUAUACUACAAGGCUUUGAGAUGUAACAAACAUGUUGCAACUGAUUGUUACUGUAUUAAAUCUUCACUUGAAGAGAGAGCUAUUAGCACAUACAUGUAUUGUGCCCUUUGGUCUAUCUGCUGAGGGCAUUAUUACCUAAUCAGUCAUUUGGAAUCAAUAGUGUAAAACUAGUUAAUUCAUCUAAAUGAAAGAUAUUAAUAUCUCCUAAAUGCAGCAGUAUUAUCCGUUAUUAGAUAUUAAUUUAGAGUUUACAAGCAAUUUAGAAAAAGAAGUAGCAUAAUAGAAAAUAGAAAAAAAAAACUCACCCUUGAAGAGCUGCUUAUCAGCAAAACACGUGCUGGGGCUCCAGCAACAGACUACCCCAUCCACUGCAUGAUAUACUAUAAGAUCACCUUUGAUAGUGAUUAUAUAUUUAUUUAUUUAUAUUAAUGGGGUUCGCAAUUGUCUGUUUCGUCCGUGAUCGACAUACCUUUUAUAUACUCAAUCACAGAUUCAGUUAUCUAAUAGGUUUUCAUCAGUUGAUUUAGCAGUUAUAUGCUCCUGAAUCAUUGCAACUUAGACCUUAUACUUUGGUUUUUACAAGCUUAGGUGCCCUCAAAGGCACAGUGACCUAGCACAAAAGCCUAUUUUUGGCAACUACUUACAGAUUUUGCAGAGAUCUGUCUAGGCGCUCGUUAAGGCACAGAUUCUACAUCUAGAAAGCCAUAUUUUCCUUCAAUAUUAACCAUCACCAUAUCAGCGGCAAUCCUGUUAUUAACCCUUACCUAUUCAUAUACAGUUUACUUUUGUCGUUCCUUAGAUUCUCAGUAGUAGCUAGGACGGAUUAAGGGGCAGUUAUAUAUAGUUUAUUAGAAUUUUUAUAUAUACUCUCUAGACAUUAGACAGAGUGCACCCUAAUUAGGCAAUUGUAUACGAUUGUAUUCAUAUCUAGACAUAUCUUUUCCACUACUAAUACAUCUAUAAACUGUCUCUAGCUACUUUGUCUAGCUACUUUAACUAUAUCAUUAAAAAAUGUUCUCUUUUCUAUAAUGCUACUUAUUUUUCUAAAUUUGUUUGCAAUUAACAUAGAAACAUAGAAUGUGACGGCAGAUCAGAACCAUUCGGCCCAUCUAGUCUGUCCAAUUUUCUAAAUAUAUUCAUUAGUCCCUGGUCUUAUCUUAUAGUUAGGAUAGCCUUAUGCCUAUCCCACGCAUGCUUAAACUCCUUUACUGUAUCAACCUCUACCACUUCAGCUGGAAGGCUAUUCCAGGCAUCCACUACCCUCUCAGUAAAGUAAUACUUCCUGAUAUUAUUUUUAAACCUUUGUCCCUUUGCUUGUAUACUCUAAAUCAAUAUCUAGUCAUGGACAAUACUGCUGCAUUUAGUAGAUAUUAACAUCUUUCAUUUAGAUUUAUUAGCUAGUUUUACACUAUUGAUUCCAAAUUACUGGUUGGGUAAUAAUCCCCUCAGCAGAUAGACCAACUGGCACAAUAUAUGUGUGUUCUAUCUUCAAGUGAAGAUUUGAUACAGUAACAAUCAGUUGCAACAUUUGUUUAAUCUCAAAAUUUUGUAGAUAUUUGUAGCAAUACCCUAUUCUAGCUAUAAAAUAGAGGUUAGGACCAAAUACCCCUUGAUUUGGAUAAACAUUGAACACAAUUAUAAACUCAACACUUUUUUGUUUUUUUUGUUUUUGUCCCCAUUUUUCAUGAGCUGAACUAAAAGACCUAAGACUUUUUCUAUGUACACAAAAGGCCUAUUUCUCUCACAUAUUGUUCACAAAUCUGUCUAAAACUGUGUUAGUGGGCACUUUGCCUUUAUCGGGAUAAUCCAUCCACCUCACAGGUGUGGCAUAUCAAGAUGCUGAUUAGACAGCAUGAUUAUUGCACAGGUGUGCCUUAGGAAAAAAAGAAAACGUAAACCGCGCUGUUAUAAAUAUAAGAAGUACAUCCAUAUAAUUGCAGGUAUUUCCAAUGAGUCGAAAACCUCGAGAUAAAAUAGAAUAAAAAAAUAAUAGUGCAAUACAGUAAAAUUAUAGCAUGAAGUGGUGAAUGUAACUAAACACAAUCCACUCACAUUUCUAUGAGCUAUAACAGCUCUGUUAUAGCUCAUAGAAAAGUGAGUGGAUUGUGUUUAUAUAAGAAGUACAUACAUAUAAUUGCAGGUAUUUCCAAUGAGUCGAAAACCUUGAGAUAAAAUAGAAUAAAAAAAUAAAAUGUGCAGUAAAAUUAUAGCAUGAAGUGGUGAAUGUAACUAAGCACAAUCCACUCACAUGUCUAUGAGCUAAAACAGCUCUGUUAUAGCUUAUAGAAAUGUGAGUGGAUUGUGUUUAGUUACAUUCACCACUUCAUGCUAUAAUUUUACUGUAUUGCACUAUUACAAGGUUUUGGGAAUCCUUGUAAUGUAUACUGCUGCUUAUUCACAAAUUACUAUAGUGAGCGCCUAUUACCCUUUUUCUUUUUCUGACAGGUGUGCCUUAGGCUGGCCACAAUAAAAGGCCACUCUAAAAUGUGCAGUUUUGGGGGAGGCCGGUUGGAUGUACUGCCAAAUUCUCUGAAACGUCUUUGGAGAUGCCUUAUGAUAGAGAAAUGAACAUUUAAUUCACGGGUAACAGCUCUGGUGGACAUUCCUGCAGUCAGCAUGCCAAUUGCACGCUCCCUCAAAACUUGCAACAUCGGUGGCAUUAUGCUGUGUGAUAAAACUGCACAUUUUAGAGUGGCCUUUUAUUGUGGCCUGCCUAAGGCACACCUGUGCAAUAAUCAUGCUGUCUAAUCAGCAUCUUAAUAUGCCACACUUGUGAGGUGGACGGAUUAAUUCGGCAAAGGAGAGGUGUUCACUAACACAAAUUUAGAAAGAUUUGUGAACAAUAUUUGAGAGAAAAAGGCAUUUUGUGUACAUAGAAAAAGUCUUAGAUCUUUAAGUUCAGCUCAUGAAAAAUGGGGGCAAAAACAAACGUGUUGCAUUUAUAAUUUUGUUUAGUGUAUAUUUUUCUUACUUAUACUCAUUUGUAAUUUGUAAGUGAUUAUUUAUCAAAUGUUAAGUUUUAAUCGAACUCCUGGCAGACGGAACAGUACUUUUGCUAUUUUGGUUUUCAAUUUAUUAUAUUAGGGUUACCCCCUUAGUUUUUCCCCAGAUUUAAAUUUUAUUUAGAGCUCCCAACUUUUUACUUUUUGUAAAAGUGCUGCUUUAACAUGGCAUAAUAAAACACGUUUGUUAUUUGCAAGAGUUUUAUCCAUGUAUUAUUCUUCUUCAUAUUCAAUAGCCAGUGAGUGAAACUCGGUUACAUGUUUCAUUAUAGGCUCGACUGAUUGAGCCUUCGUCGUUAUUAGCUCAUUAAAAUGGGUACCAUUGAAUUCCGUAAUAUAACAUCUAUAACCAUUGCUUAGGGAAGAAUUUCAAUAUUUUGAUCUAUAUACAACACUGUUAGGAUUGUAAUAUCUUUUGAUUUUAUUGGUAAUACAAAGUUCUGUGUGUGUGUGUGUUUUUUUUUUUUUUUAUUGAAUUUGUAAAAUGUUAUUGUAUUUAAUCAUUGUCCUUUUGUAUAUUAUUUCAGCUCAUCUUAUAGUUGCUCCUACUUUGUGCUCCCAUGUUGCUUCUUCAACUUCUAUGGAAAAUAUAACAGAAAAUCUAGCAAGAAGACUCAAUACAGAGAAUAUCUUGAUUUUGUCACGGACGUAGGCCAUCAUUGUGGGUUUAACGUAGAAGAAGAUUGCCUCAGAAUACCAUCUACAAAAAGGGUAUUUUUUUUUUUAUUUUUUUAUUUUUUUCAUUUCUGAACAUGAUUGGAGUUUGAACUAUCUUUUUUUUAUUUUUGUUUAAAGUAACUAUACAUGCACACAGACCAAUUCAUCUCAAUAAAGUGGUCUGGCUGUCAUGUCACCCUUCCCCUUCUCUCCCAUUUUUAACCCUACAGCGGAAAACAAUGCCAUUCUGUCUCUAGUGGCUGUCAUACUUGUAUUUUAGAGAUUGUAUGUAAUGAUCCAUAAGGAGAGACAAAAAAUAAACAUUUUAAAUCAGUCAUUCAUUCUGAUUGCCUGGAAACAUCAACACGUAAACUUGGUAGAGAUAUAAUUUAAAUCAAAGACCAUGAACCGAAAAUACAGAAUAAAGACAGCCGCAUUUGUGCUAUGUAAUGCACAACAUUCAAGGCAUUCUAUAGUGUUGGGUAUACAAAUCUAUGUCCCUAACACUAUAGUGCCCUCUGGUUCCCCGAUGCAUUGACUCAGAGUGUGUUUAAUGAUGCACUUGUGUUGCACUUCUUAGGGACAAUUUUAUGGAGCUCCCUAAAGCGGAAUACCAGAGAGAACCUGGUACAACAAAACUUGUCUCAAUAUUUUACUACCAUAUGCUACCAGUUCUAGGUCAUUUGGGAUGUACUGGAGAUGUAGUAGGGGUGCAACACUAGCCACCCUGGCAGAGAUCUGCCGGUGGUCUAUGUACAUUCAAAUACACUGGGUUUCUGUAAAGAAAUUUGUAAGUGUAUUUCAGAUUUUAUAAGAAUAUCGAAAUAUUUAACCUGGAAACGUGCAUUUAACUGUUAGCCGGUUUUUAAGUCCAUCCAGAGGUCACUUUAGAUCAGGGGUUCCCAACCUAGUUCUCAAGGACCCCUUACCAGUCCAGGAUUUAGGGAUUACCCUGUUGUGUCGAAUGUUUUUUUUUUUUUUUCUUCUCUAAAAACGCCUUCGACACAACUGGGUAAUCCCUAAAUCCUGGACUGUUAGGGGUACUUGAGGACUUGGUUGGGAACCACUGCUGUAGAUGACAACUUAAUUGUAUUCAUUUUCUUUCCAGCAACAUUACUGUUGAUUACUAUUUAUUAUAUAUUAUAUAUUUUGUUCUGUAUCUCAUUUUCAUGCAAGAUUUAAAUGUUUUGUUAUUUAUACAAUUUGUAUGGGUGCUUGCCUUAGGAUUUGUAUGUCAAAAUAAAAUAAAAAAUCUGAUAUAGUUAAAUAUAAGGCUAAAAGAAAUGUGUUAUAACUCCACGAAUUGGAUCAUUAAAUCAGUGGUUUAAACCACAGACUGGGAACAAAAAUGUGUCCCUGUGCUAUUUUCAGUAGUCACCACUGUAGGGAAUAGUUACAUGAUAUUCAUCAGGCCCUAGGGAGCUAGCCACAAUACAUUUUCUGCAGCUGUACUUUUAUCCAAAGCGAUGGGAAAACCGGUGGCAAUGGGAAGAGACCGGUGAAUGUGGUUUGCAGAAUUUAAUUGGUCAUAAAAUAGGUCACAGAUCUAAUUUUACUUUAGAACAAUGUAUAGCUAAGAUAAUGCUAUGUACAUAAUUCGUGUCCCUAUCAAUAACUGUUCAUUGAGAUCAAUAGACUUUUUUUUUUUUUUUCUUUAGCUAUGAUUUUCUGUAACUUUGUACUUAAUGUGAUAUGUGCAUUUUGAUUUAAUUUAUUUUAGAACUUUUUCAAUGGUUGGCUCCUGCAAAGCCCCGUUUCUUGGAAGUUUAUAGUUAUCGUCAGGCUAGAAUAUACUCUUUGAUGUAAUAAUUUAUAUUGAUAAAUAUUAUUUUAAGUGCAUGUAAGUGGAAAGUCUGAAUUUUAGAAUACACAAUUUGUAUCUGGCUUAUACAAUAAUUUUUUACAUUUUUUUUUUUUUUUCAUUCUUUUUUUUAAAAUCACUCUUUCAAAGUAGUCCAAUUUACAAGAACUAAUUUUAAGGUUAAUACUUCUUGUAGAUUUUUUUUUGCAUAAUACUGCUCUAGUAUAUCUGUACACUUGCGUAUUUCAUAGAUAGUUUAGCUUAAUCAGUGAAUAAUUUCCAUGAUUAUAUAUUGUUUUCACGAUUUCACUUCAGGUGUGCCUUAUAGGAAAGUCUAGGACAUAUUUACAUUCCCAAGAAGCAGUGAUUGAUGAAAAGAGGAAAGAAUACAUAAAGACUCAAUACUGCGACCCCUUAGAUUCUUCUAAUAAGCCCUCUCAUUGUGUUACGGAAAUGAAGGACCUCUCUGGGCAUCACGAUGGUCUUACAGACGUUGCUGAUGGACACGAAAGUUCCAACUCACUCAAAGAUUCUCCAGAAAAGGAACAUGGACAGUGGAUCUCCAACUUUCAGCCCCGGGAUAAAGUAGAACAAAUAAGGAACUGUGCUUUACUGCCAAGGGAUUUUAUAGACAAGGUAGUCCUGCAUGUAGCAACAUUAUUACUAAAAGAAGAGAAGAGUGAAAAUGUUAUUGAAACAAAUACUCCGUCUUGGAAUAAAGGUGGUAAGUGUUCAUAUUACUUAAUUUCUAAACUUAAUUUAUUGUGUGUGAGAGUAGAUGUGUCAAACUGCUUUAUUUAAGUUGUUUUAAUAAUAAUGUAGAGUUUAAUGUAAUCAGGAAUGUAACAUUUAACUCUUGUUCGUAGUUUUUGUUUUUUUUCCAAUUAUGUCCUGGGUAAUUGAUGUGAUUAUUAACUCAAGAAAAUUUAACAUCCGCUGCAUAAAAUACAGAUAAUUAUCACUAAUGUAUAAUGCUGUAUGUACAUUAUUAUUUUUAGUUCGUGCACAUUCGUGAUUAUGUACUCAGCUGUUUCAGAAAAGAACAGUAAAUUGAGUUUACAGAGAAAAAAAAAAAUCAAAAAGCACCUAGUUCAUAGGCUCAGAAUUUUAAGCUAUUAUAGAGAUUUUUUACUAGAUGUAAAUUUAUAUAUAUAGUGUGUGUGUGUGUGUGUGUGUAUAUAAUACAAAAAACUGUUGCACUCCAAGGACUUGGGAAAAUAUAUAAUUUAGUUAAUAAUUAGCUUUUAAUAUUACAUCUUAAAAGAGUAGAGUCAACGUUUCAGUUCCCACAGUGGAACUUUCAUCAGUAAAUUAGUACAUGUCCUGAUUAAAGUUUUACUGUGGGAACUGAAACAUUGACUCUACUCUUUUAAGAUGUACUAGUAAAAGCUAAGUAUUAACUAAAUUAUCCUUUUUCUAAGUCCUUGGAGUGCAGCCGUUUUUUGUAUUUUGUAUUUUGAUGUGUGACGUAAGCACCGGGAAUAACACUUGGGAAAGCAUUGGAAGGCUAGUGUGCAUGUGCUGCACAAUGCCGCGUUGCGCCAGUUAGCAUCUCCUCACAGACAUUCAUUGAAUCAAUGCAACUUUGUGAGGAACAUUCAGCAUCUCCAUGCAGAGCGUGGCGAUGCCGAACACAAGUGCUGAACACAGUGCUGCACUGGACUAGGAAGGGCCUGUAGUAGCAGUCAUUAAUGUUUACAUUAAAAAGCUUGCAGGGACAGACUAAACACACCAAAACAACUACAUUAAGCUGUAGUUGCUCUGUUUACUAUAGUGUCCCUUUAAAUGAGAUCUAUGUCUUCGUAGAACAUUGACUUCUGAAUCAGACUUAAAAUACUGAAAUGUGCAUAUUCGAAACACAUUAUCACAAAGCAAAUAUAAAAAAAAUAAUUAUUGGCUCUUAUAUAUAGCAGUUUUAGUAUGCUAGCUUUCCGCAAUAUUGACACCGUAAGAUAUAUAUAUAUAUAUAGUCACACACAGUUCCUGCAUGGGGUAAUCUUUUUUAUAAUUAUCAUUAUUAUGUUUAAUUGUCUUGUGGUGUGACCGUGUUGUACACCAGCAUGUAUAUUCAGUGUAGAAUUCGGUAGCUAUUGAUAAGCCCCCGAAUGCUAAAAUAGUUUGUACACAGUUAUGUACAUGUCCAUUUAGAUUUUAACAAUUCGGUACAAAACACCAAUUGUGAAGUGGCAAGCUAUAGCUCAUGAAUACUACAGAAAUCUAACCUGGAAAUCUGAACAUUGAUAAUAUUGUUAGUGCUUAUUUGCAUAUCAUGCACGGCACUCUGGAAGUGGAGCUGAAACAAACGCUUUCAUAACUCCAGUGUUAGCAGGUUUUAUUUUAUUUAUUUCUUUUUAACUAGCUAUAUGUGAAUUGCACUACAUUUUCUCACUUUACUUGAAGCUGUGUGAAGUUUUGUUACUAUUUCAUCUCAACACAAUGUUGUCUGAGAGAUUAUGAGCAAAAAUUAAUUUUUUUGUUCCCUAUCAAGAAGAAAGACUGUGCAUUAAAAACAAACAUUAUGAAGUCGAAAACACAUUGUAAUGUGUGGUAUGUAUAGGAUACAAAAAGGUGGCCAUGGCUAUUUUGUGAUAAAAACUCAAUUGAGAAACAACCAUGUAAUACAGAUUUUAAAUAGGUGCUUGUUUGAUUAUUGUGUUUAUUUGUAUCAUAGGCGACUGAUGCCAAAUCCUCUCAGUUCGCAUCAUUUUUUUUUUUUUUUUUUGUAGGAUGCCUAUUAUUGCGUGAAGUAGCAGAAGAUUUGGGCAAAGAAACUUUGCAGAGGUUAAAAAAUGAAUGUGGAGGUUUACAAACACUGUUAAGGAACAGUCAUCAAGUAUUUGAAGGUAACAAUAGAAUCUAAUAGAAUAAAACAUGUAUUAUUCAUAAGGCUGUCUGUAAAUUGUGAGAAAUGCAGAUCUGUAUGGACUUUUAUUGGCUAGAUCUCUGACCAUUAUACACAUCUCUGUAGUUCUCUGUCCAUUGGUUAGAUCUCUAUAUAUCUCUGUCCAUUAGCUAUAUAUCUAUAGUUUUAUGUCCCUUGGUUAGAUCUCUACAGUUCUCCGUCCAUUGGCUCGAUCUCUGUACAUCCCUGUCCAUUUGGCUUGAGCGUUGUCCAUUGGCUGGAUUUCUGUAGAUCUCUGUCCAUUUGGCUGGAUCUCUGUAGAUCUCUGUCCACUGAUUGUCUUUGUACAUCUAUGUCCAUUGACUGCAUCUCUAUAUUGAUUUAACUCACAUCUGUAGGAUUUCCAAAAUAGUUUAACAUUCUGAUUAAAUAUUUUUGGAAUGUAUGUGCUGACAUUUAAAUGAAAUUAUGGAAUGGUUAUAACUUGAUUUAAAAAAAAUAAAUUAAAAAAAUUGUAAAGUGGUGCAAGUGAAAAAUCUACACCUAUAAGUGGAGCACUGCGUUAUGGACGAGGUAAACUUACCCCGCAUGGCUUAAUAACAACCGUGGUAAGCAAUAUAUGUAAGAGAGAAUAACAAAUACAAUAUAGUGCAGAUGGUACAUAAACAACAAUGAGGUAAAACGGUGGUGAAAUAGGAACACUCACAUUUAAGGGAGCCUGUGUAUAAAUACUGGCUCCGUAAUAGAGCUUGUAUGCUUUUAAGGCAGCAUCACACCCUCAAUCAAUGGAGUAUCUCAAAAAGAAAACCUAAAAAGAGAGGGACCAAUGUGCAGUCUGUUAUAAAAGUCCUUCCCCCUUUAGUCACAUGUGUUUGAUUAUCCAAUAGCAUAAUCCUGAAAAAGUAUGUAGUGUUGAUAAUAAAGUGCAGCUGGGUAAUGGUGUGGAUCAUUGGCCACCUUUGGCGCCAUUUUUAUCCUUUUGAUUUCAUUGGUGGCUAGUGGUAGUUGGCGGAAAUACAUGUUGCGCCCGCUGUGGUUGGCGGAACUGACGUCAUGGAUGUCAGUGAGCGUCACCCGCCUGCAACCAAGCGUCGUCCUGAUUCCGCCUGAGCACACCCUCCAUCUGACUGGUAGGGGUAUGGCUUCCAGGGAGGGGAGUCUGUCCGUCAUUCACGUUCUAGGAAGUCUAGUUGCAUUGCCCUGCCUCCCCGACGUGUGACGUAAUCCCGCUGCCUCCCCUGUCCCAGUGUAGCUCAAAGGAACACAUUGACACAUUGAGAUUUCUCUAAAUUUCAAUUAUGUCCUGGGUCCACAAAACAUUGCAUUGAUACAAUAGGGUACAAUAAAAUAGAAAAACAAUAUUAAUACAUAAUAGAUACAAAAUUUAACAUAGAACAGGUAGGAAACAUAUAAUGAACCAGGACAGGUGCAUUCUGUUUAAGGUAUAUAGAGAGGGAUCUCUUACAGGACUUAAGGCGUGGGGAAGAUUUGAAAGUGUGCGGGAGGUCGUUCCAUAAUUGCGGUGCUCUGUAGGAAAAGUAGGAUCGGGCUGCUUUCUUUUUGUAUUGAGGUAGACUAAAUAAAGUGCUGGUACUGGAUCGGAGGUUAUAGUAGGUGGGAACAGCCAUAUUAGUAGUGGGAAACAGGAAGGGCAAAAUAAAUGAGGGAGAAAGAGAAAAAGAGUGUGUAUAUAAAUGGGAUAUCGUGAAUAGUAAUACCUAAAUAAAUACAAGUAUGCAUAACUUUGGAUUAAUGUCAUACAUAUAUAUAACUUUAUAAGCUGCUUAAUAAUAUUGUGUACAGAUAGGUGUAAUGCUUUUGAUGAAGGUACAAAUAUGGAAAAAUGGAGAUUAAUUAAAAUUUGAUAUAUCUUAAAAGGUUUUUUUUUAGAAAGAGUGCGAAAAGACAAUAAUCAGACUGAAUCAUACAUAUUGAAAAUUGGUGGCAAGUGUUAAAGUGCUGAUCUUUAAGUGCUAUGUAGUAAACUUAAAUAAAAUGGCAUAAUUCAAAGUCGAUGUUCAAAACUUCGGGGCUGUAAAGUCUUGCUUGGUCCCAGAUAUUUGUUUAAGUUUCCUCCACGCCAAUUGUUCUUAACUUUCUGAAUACCCAUAAAUGUAGUUCCUCUAGGGUCACUGUUGUGUUUGGUUUUGAAAUGCUGGGAUACAAUGUGUCCCACAUUCUUUUUUUAAUAAUUCUUACAUGUUCCUCCACGCGUAUGUGCAAAUUGCGCUUGGUGCGUCCCACGUAUUUCAAGCCGCAAGGGCAUUCAAAUAGAUAUCCAACGUGUGUAGAAUGGUAUGUUAUUACUUCCUUUAUAUUGAAUUCUUCAUUGUUAGUGGAGUUUUUAAAUUUGGUGAUUUUUGUUUUAUUAUUAUUUGUACUCCUGCACGCCAAACAUGUGCCGCAACCAUAGAAACCUUUACCCAUAUCUAGAAAAGUAGGGUCUGGUUCUUUUUUUAAUAUGCUUUUUAACUAAAAGCCUAUUUAAAUUGGGGGCACCUCUAAAAAUUACUUUGGGUAUGUCGGGAAGGUGCUUGGACAGUAGGGGAUCUUGUUUUAAAAUGGGACAAUGUUUAUUAAAACUUAUUUUUAAUGCCAAAAUAUUGUAGCUGUAAUUGCAUAAUAGCUACUCCUUUCCCUUUCUGUUUUUCGGUUCUGUCUUUUUCCUGCAACAGAGUAUGCCCUGGUAUCUGUAGAUUUUCUGUUGAGUGGACUUCCAGUAUUUCCUCCUUAUAUUCUUUUUCCAAAAUAUAUUUUUUUAAUAUAUUUGCUUGUUCCUUAAAUACAUAGUCAUCCGUACAGUUUCUUUUAAUGCGGUUGAGUUGGAAAUUAGGUAUACUGUUAAGCCAUGGUGAGAAGUGUCAGCUAGAAGUAUGGAUAAAACUGUUGACGUCUACGUCCUUGAAGUGAGUUUUUGUCUAUAAUAAUUUCAAGAUCUAAAAACAUAAAGUUUUUCUUGCUAAAAUUGGUAGUUAAAAUUAUGCUCCAUUCGUUGUGGUUGAGCUGGUCUACAAAAUUACUUAAAGUGUCCUCUAUGCUCUUCCAAAUAAAAAAUAGGUCGUCAAUGUAAUGGCGAUAGGUCACCAGGCCCUCCACCCAGCCAUGGUCUGAUUGUAGAUGUUGACGUUCCCAAUCUGCCAUAAACAGGUUGGCAUAGAUGGGUGCGAAUCUGGUGCCCAUCGCCGUUCCACAUCCCUGCAAAAAGAAAGUGCCAUCGUACCAAAAAUAAUUGGUGGUUAAGAUUAAUUUAAUGGCCUCCAUUAUAAAAUCAAUAUGGGAUUCCUCUAAAAAGAAUUUGACGGCUGAGCAACCUUUUUCAUGUGAAAUGAUAGUGUAUAAGGCACUUACGUCUGCAGUAACUAAGAAAUAGUCUUCCUUUCAAUCUAGUGCAUUUAUGUGUUUUAGAAUGCUGCCAGUGUCUUUCAGGUAACUCUGGACUUUCUGGACAAUCGGUUGUAAGCAUUUAUCAACGUAUUCUGAUAACCAGCUAAAUAUGGAGUUGAUGCCCAAGACUAUUGGUCUUUCGGGUCGGUGUUCAGAAUUCUUGUAGACUUUUGGGAGAUUGUAAAAUACCAGGACUUUUGGAAACUGUAUGUUUAAAUAUUCAAAUUCCUUUUUACUUGAAAUUCCUUUUUUUAGACACCUAUUUAAAAGAUUGUAAAAUGUAGCUUGUAUUUCUGAUGUUGGGUCUGAUUUUUGUGUUGGGUUGUGUUUAACACUUGCCACCAAUUUUCAAUAUGUAUGAUUCAGUAUGAUUAUUGUCUUUAUACACUUUUAUAUUUGUACCUUCAUCAAAAGCAUUACACCUAUCUGUCAGGAUUAUGCUAUUGGAUAAUCAAACACAUGUGACUAAAGGGGUAAGUACUAAAGGACAUAUAAAAAUCAGAUUCUUUCAAUCUACCUUGGGGCAGUGCCAUCCCCUCACAUAUUGGCACCAAGCAAUUAUAUCUCAGAGCCAGGAUUACAAGGUGAGCAUUUGACCUAUUUCACCUUUUAUACUACUUCAAUCAGACUGCACAUUGGUCCCUCUCUUUUUAUGUUUUCUCUUUGAGAUACUCCAUACCGUGGAUUGAUGGUGUGCUGCUGCCUUAAAAGCAUUCAAGCUCUAUUUCGGAGCCAGUAUUUAUACACAGGCUCCCUUAAAUGUGAGUGUUUCUAUUUCACCGCCAUUUUGCCUCGAUGUUGUUUACGUACCAUCUGCACUAUAUUGUAUUUUUUAUUCUCUCUUACAUAUAUUGCCUAUCACGGUUGUUAUUAAGCCACUGGGGGUAAGUUUACCACAUCCAUAAUUUAGCACCCCACUUAUAGGUGUAGAUUUUUCACUUAAACCACUUUACAACUUUUGAACUUUUUGAGUGUGGAGAAGAGGAUAUUUCCACACAUGUGUUUAGAGCUGCUACCAUUUAUAUUUUGACUUUAGCACCUUGUUUGAACACACACUGCUCCCAAAAGGAGGUACACUUCACUUAAAAACAUUAGUUUAUUUUCCGUACCCAAAUAUUCAAAACCUUUACUUAAUUAUUUUACUGCUGUAUAAUUCAAAUCUAUUGUGUUUAAUAUAUUAUUUAUGAAAUUGAUCAGAGAGGUGAAAUUGUAAAAUGGAUCCUCUAAAUAUAACCACUACUGCUCAUAGUAGUAGUAGUGGUGCAAAUUGUCUCUGGCCGCCAACAGUUUUUUCGCUACAAAAUGCAAAGCUAUCCAAGCAGCCCAAGUCUACCAGUUCCAUUUAGUUGGACAUCUAAUUGUGAAAGUUCCCUUCCAAAUAAGCCAAGCUACAGCGACGUAGCCUGGCUUUCAGUUCCAUAAGAGCCUUGGUUUUUUUAAAAAACAUUUUAAAAAUAGUUUGACAUAAACUGGAGAGACUGCACCCAAAGUGCACCCUUGUCUCUUCUUUUCAAUGUGACUUCUUAUCCUGUUCUAUAUUUAUACUCUAAGAACCAGUCUAAUUUUCACUAUUCGUGUUCAUUUGUAAUCUAAAUAAUGUAAUCACUGCUAUGUUUGGAUUAAACAGUUCAUUCAAUAAAAACAAUGGUUUUUUGCUAAGGAUACUUUGUCUCAUUUGUCAAAAAAGUUACUUUAGCCAAUAGAAGGUUAUAACAGUGAUUUUACAAUCAACCAUUUUGAUUAUACUGACAUAUCUUAGAGUUAUGGAAACACAAUAAAUAAUUUGCAGGUGACUAUUUCAAUCAUAAUAAAUCCAAUGUAUGUAUAUUUGUUUUCCCCUUAGUGAUUAAUUCAAAAGUUUCAAUUCGUGACUGGCGGAAAGAAGCGCAAACAGCAACAAAUAAGCGCAGAGAAGAAACCAAGAGGACGCUCUCUCCUGAUGUUUUAAAAACACGUCUUUGUUGGUUUUAUGUCAACCACCCGAAUAGCUGCCCUCGCACUGCCGAAUCCUGUCCAUAUGCACACGGGAUGGAAGAACUUCGACCAAGUUCAACUACACAAAGGAAAAAGCUCAGACAAAAAUAAUCUAGUGAUUCAUUUAUUCCUUUGCUGACGAUCAAUCAAUUAAGCAAACUGAGACAUUUUUCUGUGAUUAUUCGUCUUUUUAAUUAAAGGAUCGCUAUAGUGUCAGGAAAACAAAGUGAUUUUCCUGACACUAUAGUGCCCUAAGGGUGCCCCCACCCUCAGAGUCCCCCUCCCGUGAUGCUGAAGGGGUUAAAGCCCCUUCAGCAGCUUACCUUAAUCCAGCACUGGGCUCCCUCGGCGCUGGUGACCUCUCGUCCCCUGCUGACGUCAGCUCCCGAGCGGAGCAGAAUGCGCAUGCGCAGCAAGUGCAGCGCGCGCAUUCAAACAGUCCAUAGGAAAGCAUUUCUCAAUGCUUUCUUAUGGACGUUCUGCAUGUUGGAUGUGAAUUUUGCAUCCAGCGUCGCAGAUGCGCCUCUAGCGGCUGUUAGGAAGACAGCCACUAGAGGUUUCUCUGAAAUGGCUAUGUUUACAUGUGAAGGGUUAAAACCUGAGGGACCUGGCUCCCAGACCACUUCAUUGAGCUGAAGUGGUUUGAGUGACUAUAGUGUCCCUUUAAAUAACCUGAAACUAAAUAACUUUUUCGUGUGAGUAUUGUUUAAUUAAUUAAACCUCAGAUUUUCUCAUUUCUGGAUAUAGCACAAAACGGAGAUAUGACCCGACGCCUUGCGUGUAAUUAUUCUUUUUUUUCUCAGUGACCUGCUGUGUAUUUUUACGUGAGAGUCUUCCUUUACAGACCUUUUUAUAUAGCCUACAUAUUCUCAGCAUUAUCAAGUUUCUGAAUUUAAACUCGCCUCACUUGAUUUAGCCCCUGUUAAUGACAACGCUGUAUUGUAGACAAUUGAUACACAGAAUUUUUUUUCAUUCACAUUGCUUGAUUUGUUUUUGUUUUUUUAAGAAAAUGUGAACCACAUUCCUGAUUUUAUUCUUAUUUCUUUGUUUUGUGAUACCAGAUGCAUUUUCUUUUUCUUUUCUGAAAAUGCAAAUUGGUUACUUUUUUCUUACUGGACGAACAGGCAUGGAAAACUAAAGUUGUAUAGUUCAAACCUUGUACAGUGAAGUGACAUAUUACACAUUAUUGCUGUAGACGGCAUUUAAUUUACUGAAACACUAGUUAAUGGAAGUAAAUUCCAGCAUUUGCAUUGCUCUCUCUAGUAGUUUAUGGAUGUGAUAUAAUACACUGUUGCAUUCUCAGUAAUCUUCCUAUUUAAAUUGUCUGUCAUGUAUUUUGGUUUUUUGUGCGUUUUUUUUUUUCUUCAGUUUUCCUUUCCUUUAUGCCAUUUGUAUCAUAUACUUCCACACCACCACUUUAUUUAUAUUUCUUUUCUUCCUGAGCCAGAUAUCAAUAUGUGGGCAACAACAUUGUGUUCUCCUCUGUCUAUGAAGGGCAAAUUUUUGAAAUGUUUUAGUAGAUGGUUAUUACUGCAUUGAAUGAAGUUUGUGAUUUGCACCAAUAGAUCACAUACAAUGAAAGUAGCAAUUUUGUGCGUCGGCUUUUAAACACAUUCUAAGCAUAAAAAUUACCAAUUUCAAGGGUAUGUGGGAGAUAAACACACUGGAGACGCACAUAGGAAACUCAGACAGCACAGAAUGAUUAAUGAUGACAUCACCAGUCAGAAUGAAGCAGGACUCAACAUAGAGAAUGAAUGGUUGAAUGAAUGUUCCAGCCAACUGAUGGUGUAUACAGAUGGCGGGGAAAAAAGAGAAUAAUGUGAUGUAGGGGUUUGGUUUACUUAAAUUUCAAUACACUUGCUUUAAAAAAAAGAAAAUCUAAUUCUUUGAUUUCAUGCAUCAGGGAUUAAAUAGCACAGAAGUUUUAUUUUGGUUAUAGUAGUCCUUUAGCCCCUUAAGGACACAUGACAUGUGUGACAUGUCAUGAUUCCCUUUUAUUCCAGAAGCUUGAUCCUUAAAGGGGUUAAACUCUUCUCAUUGCAAAAUAUCAUGCUCACCAAUAGUAGUUCUUAUAUAUUCUUGUAUACUUAAACUGAAAGUGAAUUUAAAAUAAAUUAAAUAAUCUGCCAAAGAGGUCCAUUUUGCAAAUGAAUUUUCAAUGAAUGUAAGAUCUACUGUAUAUAAUGAAUAAAUUGUGUAGAAGCACACAUGCAAUGCCAUUUUAAUAUACUUGGCACUGUGUGUCAUGAGACAGCUAAAACAGAAAUGAAGAUAUUGCAACUUCACUUUCUGAUGUCUGUCAUGAAAGUGUUCUGGAGAGCAAGCGGAUGAACCUAAAGAGAAUGCUUUAUUUUUUAUAUGCGAGUCACCUGCAUGAAGACUUUUUUUUUAUUUUAUUUUUUUAAGUCACUUUCUUUCUUAUUUGAUUGCAGAAUUUAACAUCAUGAACUGUGACGUUACUGGUAUUUACUACCCAAAAACCACCAGGGGGGGCUAAAGUUUCAUAAUAAUGCCAUUACAAUGAUAAGAAGACAGAAAGAUUUAAUAAACUGUAUGGGAGUUUGUUUAGCACAUUGAAUAAGAAUUAGAAGUAUUUUAUCAAACUUUUGGUUAGAAUGCAUUAUUACAUUUUAUUUUAAAAUUAUAAAGCUUAUUGUGUGUCCCUGGAUUGCAAACCCCACAAUACUGUACACCAAAGUGAAAACAAAUGCUCAUUGAUCCAAUUUACCCACUUUAAAGCCUUUUCCAAUCAUGAUUAAUAAAGCUGUCUUCUGCCUUGGUGACAAAUACGCAGCAUUUAUAUUGUUCAGAAUUAAGCAGCCCUUGAAUAAACUAUGAGAGAUGGUACCAGACAAUUUAGCUUAAACAGUAACACAUUUUUCACAUUCAAUUUUCUAUACGCCAAGGAUGGCCUACCGUCUAAAACACCGGCAUUGGCCAGUUUUUAAAAACAUCCUCUAGUGAAGGUUCAUGACAGCACCUCAUAUUAUAGACACAAGAUAGCUUGUACAACUUGCCUUUGUCAGGGUUCCUACAAACUGUCUUUCUGCUGGUCGCCACCUCCUGGGGCUCCAGACCCCUGCAUGCUGUCUGGAAUCUCCUUGGGCAUAGAACAUGGAACACUGUGGUCCUGCCCCCUUUUAGGACUCAAGCGGUGUCUGUGUCGCAUCUGGUAUGCGUUAACGUCAUUGGUGCCAAUGAAUGAAUUACAGUGUUCUUUAGCCUAUAUAAGCCUUACCUUUUGAUUUUACGCUUGCCCUGUAGUGCAUUCUAGUUUGAUUAUCCAAGAGCGCGUUUUUCUUAAUACUCUUAUUCCUGGUUAUUUAUCUUGACUGGUCUUGACUACUCUUUAUUGAUUACAUUUAUUGAUUAAGGUCCGGUAAUGCUUACUCUUCCCUACCUACUGUUCUUCCUGUACUUGUGACUUUAUUUGGCGUGUUGGGUUCCCUAUCCUGACCGCCUUAGUCUAUUGUGAAUAGUGCAUUGUAGUGUGUGUGUGUGUGUGUGUAUGUAUAUAUAUGUAUAUGUGUGUAUAUAUAUAUAUAUAUAUAUAUAUAUAUAUAUAUAUAAUCACAAUAUGUAUAAAAUGGGUGUUUAUACUGUAUACACUUUGUGAUCUACCAUUACUAGGUUAACCAGCAAAAUAUGAACACGUCACAAAAUGGAAGGCAGUGAUGGAUCUGCAUGUGAGAGUUAAAAAUCUAUACAGAAACAAAGUAAUAAUUUAUUCAUUUAAGGGGGUGUCAAGAAAUUAAAAUAAACUUAAUAUCAAUAACAAAUGUAUAUUACCAUUAUUCAGCCUGUUCACCUGUAGAAUUAAAGCUAAUUUAUACAUUAAACACGUUAACCUUUUCAGACACAUCCAUUGUGGUUAUUAUUGUUUAAUGCUAUUUUAGGUUGCAGUAAAUUGACUGCGGUGUUUAACAUUCCUCUUUACCACUUGUGGUUAGAACAAAAGGUGUGGGAUAAAUUAUAGCUCACUGUACUCUGUGUGACCACACUUAAAUAAUUAUCUGUGUAACCAGAAAAGCUCAGAAUAAUCCAACCUUCAUUUCACACUGACACAGGAUAAAACAUGGCCUUUAAAACAAUGUAUACAUAUUUUAGUUAAGUGCUUGCAACUAAUGCAAAGUGAAACUUUAUUAGCAUAUUUAUAUCCACUUCUGGAACGCUAAGCUG